AUUGCAAAAUAGACGGACGAGAAGAGUGGAAAGCAAAAUAAAAUAAAUUAUGUGAAAGUGAAAUGUCAAAGUGGUGCUGGGAGACAAACACGAAGCAACUCGACUCCUACGUGCAAUCACCCCAAGUAUUUGGUGCGCUGGAAAAAUCGCUUCAGUAACUCACGACGUGAUUUAUAGUUUCCGACUGGCUCAGAAAACGGUGCGAAUGCAAUUCCAACCCAGCAUUUUGCUAAUCAUGCAAAGAUGAACAAAAAUCAGUGCCGUCGACACGUCAACCAUAUGUGAAGCCGUGGGAAACAGUCAACGCGAUAUAGUGGAAAAGUUUGUGCACAAUGUUUUCCGCCCUGAAGAAGUUGACGUCCCGGCAGGAGGGUCCCAAUGCGGCCCUCCCGGAGACGGUGGGCCAGCCCAUGUCCGGAUCCCUUCAGAAGAAAUUCUCGCGCGGCGUGCAAUAUAACAUGAAAAUCAUCAUAAAAGGUGAUCGCAACGUUGGAAAGUCGUGUCUGCUGCAGCGUUUGCAGGGCAAAGGUUUCCUGGAAACCUACGUCCCGACGGAGGAGAUCCAGGUCGCUUCGAUUCAGUGGGCGUUCAAAGCAACCGAAGACAUCGUAAAGGUCGAGGUGUGGGAUGUGGUCGAUCGUGGGAAGGCCCGACCUCGUCACAGUGGCCUGAAGCUGACUACGGCUGCCCUGCCGGAAACCCCGGCCCUCGAUGCAGAGUUUUUGGAUGUUUACAAAGGCACCCACGGGGUCGUUUUGAUGAUGGAUAUCACUAAGGCUUGGACCUUUGAUUAUGUUACCCGGGAGCUUCCAAAAAUACCUGAAGAAAUUCCUGUACUUAUUCUCGGUAACCAUUGCGACAUGGGACACCAUAGAGUCAUUACCCCAGGUCAAGCAACUGCACUAAUAGAAAGUUUAGGAGAGCGGCCUGCUGAAGUUUUAUACGCCGAGAGUUCAAUGCGAAAUGGCUUUGGCCUUCGCUUGCUCCAUAAGUUUCUGGGGCUGCCAUUCCUUAGACUGCAAAAAGAGAGUUUCCUGGCCCUGUUGGAAAGAAACAAGCGAGAUACGGAAAUAUGCAGUUUUGAAAUAUCUGAGUUCUUGAAAUCUGAGGACGCCGAUUAUAAUCAGUUCCUGAGUAAUCUAUCGAACAGGCGGCGACAGAUUGCAGAUUCUAACUCACAUGCUCAUAUGACACCAUUGACACAUUCCACAAGUGCAAGUGCGAUAUCGCCAGUGACACCCACGUCGCCUCCCGAGUUAAAGCCAAUGAAGAGUAUCAUUGUCGGUGGCGGACAACCAAUUGUAAUUCCAGGACAAAUCAAUAUAACACAACAAAUGCAGUCUGGAAAUAAUGCUCUUAAAACUACUGCAAAUCCACUGCCAGCGACAACUGCAGAGUCAGCGAUGUCGACUACAACCACCAGUCUAGUCACGAGUUUGUUCAAGAAACCCGAUAUCAAAGAGGCGAGUCUUGUCCAGGAUAUUCGACAGAUGAGUAUCCAAGAGCAACAGAUAGCUAGUGUUGAAGAGUUCUGCCCAGAUGAAGGUAUCUUGGACCGAAGCUUUCUAGAUGACUUCGCAGCCUCAGGGCCUGACAACACAGGAGGAGUAGUAGGAGAAAAUGCAGAUUCCGACAGUGAUGAUGGUCAAGGAAAUCCAAUGGUUGCCAAAUUCAAUGACGAUUUAGAUCUCAUUGAACCGGAAGGAAAUACUUCCAAAAUAACUAAUGUAGAUAGCGCAAACAACAAUCGAAUUUUAAAAGAAAACCCACUUGCGAAGCAUCGUAAAUCCACAGAUUUUACUAAAUCCGAAGCGCUCACCUCGUCGAUACGUAAAUCAUCGAUCUCAAGCGAAGAAAUUCCAGUCGCUUCAACUACAAUCGAUUCGGCUUACGGCGAUGAAUUCGAUGGAUGGCUAGCAGAUAAUUCAAUUCGCCGAUCACCUGAAGGUGGGGAAGACACUAGCUCAAUGCCUAGCAUUGUUCAGGACGCGGAGCCUAAACUAAAAUCCGACAGUGGAUCGGAGAAAAAACAUAAACAUAAAAAGAAGAAAGACAAGGACAAAAAAGACCGGGAAGAAAGGAAGGAGAAGAAAAAGAAGAAACGUUCCAAGGAGAGCGACUUAGAAGAUUUUCUUAAUGGCACGCCAGAUACUUCAACGAAUCGAAUCGACGAAGCGUAUGAAGCAAUUUAAUGCUGUGAAUGUGAAGAAAUGUGUAAUGUUAUUGUUAUUACAUCAGUUUUAAGAGAUAUUUGAACCAUGCGUAAUUUUGCAUCAGCAGAUAAUCGGUUAAGUU